AUUCCUUCCAAGUUCCAAUCGCUUGUUCCUCUGUCUGUCUCCCUCCCUCCAUAUUUCCAAUUUCACAGCUUACAAUCUUUCUUUCUUUUGACCAAAUGGGCAGCAGAGCUAACGGCGCCGCCGCCGGAAAAGUUACAUCCACCAGCAAUGGCAGCGCCACCGUGGACAAAGACGUGGAUUUCGCCAACUAUUUCUGCACCUACGCCUUUCUCUACCACCAGAAAGAAAUGCUCUCUGACCGUGUUCGUAUGGACGCUUAUUACAACUCUGUUUUCAACAACAAACAUCACUUCAUCGGAAAAACCGUGUUGGAUGUAGGAACCGGUAGUGGCAUUUUAGCAAUUUGGUCAGCUCAAGCUGGUGCAAGGAAGGUAUAUGCUGUCGAAGCUACUAAAAUGGCGGAGCAUGCGCGCGAGCUCGUUAAAGCCAAUAACCUUCAAGAUGUUGUUGAAGUGAUCGAGGGUUCAAUCGAAGAUAUAACUUUGCCCGAAAAAGUUGAUGUAAUAAUAUCUGAGUGGAUGGGAUAUUUUCUUCUGCGCGAAUCUAUGUUCGAUUCCGUUAUCUGUGCGCGUGAUCGCUGGCUGAAACCAACUGGAGUUAUGUACCCGAGCCAUGCUCGGAUGUGGCUAGCACCGAUCCGCUCAGGAUUAGCCGAUCAUAAAAUGAGUGACUACGAAGGAUGUAUGGAUGAUUGGCACGGUUUCGUUAACGAAACGAAAUCUUAUUACGGCGUCGAUAUGAGUGUGUUGACAAAACCAUUUUCCGAAGAGCAAAAAAAGUAUUACUUACAGAAUUCUUUGUGGAACAACCUUCACCCGAAUCAAGUAGUCGGAACAACCGCUAUUUUGAAGGAGAUUGAUUGUUUAACGGUUAGUGUUGAAGAUAUUCUUAAAGUAGAAGCUACCGUUUCAUCGACGAUUAUUAAAGAGGACACAAGGCUAUGCGGGUUUGGUGGCUGGUUUGAUGUCCAUUUUAAAGGACGGAAGGAGAAUCCCGCUGAGUGUGAGGUUGAGUUGACUACGGCUCCAAGUAUAAACGAUGGUACACAUUGGGGUCAACAGGUCUUUCUCUUGCAUCCCGCUGUUCGUGUAAACGAAGGUAACGAGAUCCUUGUUAACUUUUCAAUGAGCCGUUCUGAAGAAAAUCAUCGUUUAAUGAACGUUGAUCUCGGGUACGAAAUUAAGUUGUCGUCUGGCAAGACACUGCCACCUGUCAGAAACAAGUUCUAUAUUGAAUGAAGCCGAACAAAACGACCACCAUCGUUACAACAUUUUCAGGUAAUCGAAUUGAAUCAGCAUGAAAACUGUUCCCCACUGCGAUUAUUUUUCGUGUAAUUUAUGUUGUAUGAUAUCGGUUUUUUUGUUCUUGAUACUUUUGCUUCAUGUAAAAACCUUAAUGAGUUGUAAGUCUUUAACUCUUAAAUGUUGUAUACAUUCAGAAAAAGUAAAAUUUUCUGCAAGUUUUGCUGGUUUUAUA